AUGUCGAGCUCCAAGGAUCAAGUUGCCGUCGAGACGACGGCUCCUAGCACCGACUCUACCCUGUCGCUUCCUAAGGAUGCGACAGAGGUAGUGGUGCAGGAUUCUGUGGACGAUGCAGAGGCGCAGGCGCCGGCCGAUCAAGUUGAUGCGCGAAAGAAGGGCUUCUUCGCCUAUUUCAAGACCAAGGAGUUUUACAUCGUGUUGCUUCUAGGACAAGCUCUCGCUAUCAUGAACACUGCGACGAGCACCUUCACGACCCUACUUACCGAUCAGAACUGGUCUAUCCCAACUUUCCAGACUAUUCUCAACUACAUUGUCUUGACCUGCAUUUUCACCCCUUACACCAUCUACCGUUACGGUUUCAAGGGCUGGCUCCGACUAAUCUGGCGCGACGGAUGGAAGUACAUUAUUCUCGCUUUCUGUGAUGUCCAAGGAAACUACUUUAUCGUGCUAGCAUAUGAUUAUACCACCAUGCUCAGCGCCCAAUUAAUCAACUUCUGGGCUAUCGUUGUGGUAGUCAUCAUCUCUUUCCUCUUUCUGAAGGUCCGGUACCAUAUUACACAAAUUGCCGGUAUCAUUAUCUGUGUCGGCGGCAUGGGCCUUCUCAUCGCAUCUGACCACAUCACCGGCACAAACGGCGGUGAUGUCUCUUCCGGUAACCAGCUUAAGGGUGAUCUCUUCGCACUGCUUGGUGCCUCGUUCUACGGUCUGACAAACACCGCGGAGGAGUACUUUGUCAGCACACGGCCAGUCUAUGAGGUCUUGGGUCAGCUUUCGCUCUACGGUGUCAUUAUCGACGGUGUGCAAUCUGCUAUCUUUGAACGCGAGAAGUACCAUACCAGCCAGUGGAAUGGUGAGGUUGCGGGCUACCUUGUCGGUUUCACAAUUUGCCUGAGUAUGUUCUACUGUCUCGCGCCUACCAUGUUCCGCUUGUCAUCGGCCGCAUUCUUCAACAUCUCAAUGCUCACCAUGAACUUCUGGGGUGUUUGCAUCGGUAUCAAAGUCUUCCACUACCACAUCCACUGGCUGUACCCCAUUGCCUUUGUUCUCAUUAUUGUCGGUCAAUUGAUCUACUACCUGGGACGCAGAGCAUUGGCCGAGGCCAGGAAGCCUUGGUUGGGAGAGAAUCAGGAGCGAGGUGUUACCGGGUGGUUCACUGCGAAGCGUCAUAUUGAGCAUGAAGUUCCCGGGGCUGUCCUUGAGCAGGAUCAGUACGGUUCCGGUCACAGCACUGGCCAUGCAGUCGAGACUCAUAUCACUGCUGCCUAA